GACAAAGUCUUGCCAGUAUUACUUCGAAGUCAAUUAACUGAUUCGAAAUCAAGGUUUUCAAAGAAGGCUACUUAUCUAUCUGUUGAGCUUAUAAAGCUUUAUAUAAACGAGGCUUUCGAAAGAUCCGUUGCAUUAGCUAAAAAAUCUGAUAGAAAUACAAUGGCUCAAGAAGAUGGUGAUCGUAAUCUUCUUAUGAUCCUAAUUGACCUCACUCCAGUGUGGUGGGGUACAUUUGCCCACGAGUUUCUUAUUCUCCCCACAUUUAUCGAAAAUAUUCUCGCUUUCGCUAGUAGCCAUUUGGCUCUAUCACCCCUUAAUGAAGUUGCAAUUGUUGGUGUAACCCCCGAGAAAACUGAGUUUUUAUGGCCUUCCCUAAACCCCAUUGAUAAAAUUGAAUGUCGGAACGGUCAGUACGAACCAUUCUCGAUCAUUGGUCAAACAGUCCGAAAUAAAGUCAAUCAGAUGGUCAUGUCUUGUGAUUCAACAAGCUGUACCGUCUCAUUCGCUAAUGCAAUUAACAACGCUCUUUGUUUCUUCAUUCGCCGAUGUCGAGAAAUGCGUCCUACUUUUGCUUAUACUCGAGUCGAUUCGAAUACAGUUGUUGAGGAUGAUAUUCAUAAUCUACUAAAAGACAAUUUCCACGCUCGGAUUCUUGUCGUUCGAGCCGCUGAGGAUGAUUCUUCCCAAUACCUUUCCCUCAUGAAUGCUGUAUUUACUGCUCAAAAGAUGGGAGUUCUAAUCGACGCUUGUAUUAUACCUCCUACUCGAAUGUCUUAUUCCAUCGAAGAUCAUCUUCGUCAGUCAUCCACAACCCUUCAAGAGUCUGGGCAUUCAAGUCUCUUUCAGCAAGCUGCUGAACUGACUGGGGGUAUUUACCUUCGUAUUCCUAGACCUGCAGGACUUCUACAGUAUCUUCUUUGUGUUUUCCUCCCUCAUGCGGGUCUUAGAUCUCAAAUGAUCCUUCCAGAUUCGAAUGGGGGCUCAUCUGCAGGAGUGGAUUUCCGUUCAGCCUGUUUUUGUCACCGCAAGAUGGUCGACUUGGCUUAUGUUUGUUCUGUCUGUUUGUCUGUAUUCUGUGAAUUCUCCCCUGUUUGCUCGACUUGUCAAACUCCAUUUCGCAUUCCCACCUCUAUUGAUGAUACCCAAGUCGGUUCCAAGGGUUGGGACCUGAUGCGAAAAUUAGGUUGGACCGACGGCAAAGGUCUGGGUGCUCAAGGCCAGGGUCGUCUCGAACCCAUCUCGACCAAGGUGCCAAAGAAUCGCCAAGGUUUGGGUGCGGAUGCAGUCGCAGGAUUUCGCGCUCUGGACAUAGGGGAGUUGCCAAAUGGUCCGAAUGCUUGGUCCGACGACAAGACUGAUCUGCCUCCCGCCUCAGCGAAUGAUGACCUGUGCUAUCGAUUCUCCCGUUGGUUCCCUCCUAGAUCGAACUUUGAGAUUCCAGAUCUACCUGAGAGGUGUUUGGAGGCCCUGAAAUCGGCAAUUUUGCCGUUGCAUUCAGAGUCUGCUCGUGGACCUCCGGUUGAUUCGAUGGAGAGUCAGUCUCGAUAUUGUUCGGAGCCUCUACUUUUUGAGAUGCUAUUUUAUAAGAACUCCCUCGAUAAGCGCUCUCGUGAAGCCAUUAUGAGUGCUCGUUUGCGGUCGAAUCCGUAUGAAGAUAUUCGCAGUGGGAUAUUCAUGAAUAGAGCUGCAAUGAAAAUGGCUAAUAUGGACGUCUUAUUCAGUGGAAUAUUCUCUGCGAAUCCUCCUCACGGCGAGAUUCUCCAUUUUGCAGACAUCUGCGCCGGUCCAGGGGGUUUCUCUGAGUACUUAACAUGGCGUCGUGGUUGUCCCUUGAGUUCCAAAUUGCCUCAUUUUCAACCUAUUCGAGGCUAUGGCAUGACACUCAGGGGAGAUUGUGACUUCAAGCUAAGGAAAUUUGUUGCUGGCCCAGUCGAGAAUUUUCGACCUUACUACGGCGCCGCAGACGAUGGUGAUAUUACAAAGUGGUGCAAUUUGGCUUCAUUUGCGAAGACUAUCGUUUCUGCGACCGAUGGGAAGGGAGUUCAUCUAGUAAUGGCUGAUGGCGGUUUCGAUGUGUCAGAUGGCUACAAUCUGCAGGAAGUGUUGUCGAAGCACAUCUACCUUUGCCAAUGCCUCUGUGCCCUUACUAUUCUGCGUCCAGGUGGUCGCUUCAUCACAAAGUUAUUCGACACCUUCACCGAUUUCACUGUCGAUUUACUUUGGCUUAUGUCUCAUGUUUUUAAAAAGAUUUACAUAGUCAAACCUAUCACCAGUAGACCGGCGAAUUCCGAGCGAUAUCUUGUCUGCGAUGGUUUGAUUUCUCCCAACGAUUGCAUGGCUGGCUGUCCAUCGCCUCCGGAAUCUUCUAAUAAAUCUAAGAAGCAAGAGCCUGCUGAAACAUUUGCUCGUCGACAGUUUAAGCAAAAGAAAAUUCGGAAACCCAUGGUAAUGCCUUCUCAAUCCUCCAGCGAUAAUCAUGAGGAUGAAUUCCACGUAGACACAACUUCGGCAGUUGGAAUUCUGAUCGCACAUUUUCUGGCAGCUGGAGAGGAGCUCCAUAAAUUGGCUGGAAACGAUUCCUUGGACCUCCUUCGAUUAGCUAAAGAUGACGUUCUACAUAGAAAAGACUUCGAUAUUCCGGAAAACUUCCCUGAGUACAUUACGAAGGUUAAUGAGCUAUUGAUAAAACGCCAGAGUUUGUACCUCUCAAAGAUGAUUGUUUUCACCGACGACGCAACCAAAAGCGAUGAUUCACAGAGUGAAAUUGCAAAAGCUUGCCUAGAGAAGUGGCAGGUCCCUAACAUUAAACGAGGAAUUCAUUCCUGGCCUCUGUGGCCAGAGAACAUCUCUCCUGCUCUACGUGAAAUUAUCCCUGAUCCUUCGAAUUUCACAAAAGGAUCUCUUCCCAAGCAUUUGCAGCGUUCGAAGAUAAUAGAGGCUCUUAAAAUGGCAGAUCUUGAGCGUCUACAGUUCAAGGCCGCCUCAUUUUACGCUUUUGUUAUUUCUGGCCUCCAUAGUGUAACCAUGGAGCAAACCAGUGAUCCAAUGAUCCUACUUUCUCAGGGAAAUGAUCGAAUUUUUACGUGGGAAGAAGGGAGAUUCCUUCGACUUGAAUCAAAGAUUCAACUUCCUGCUGGUUGCUUACUUUGGGCCAUCAAUGUUAAUAUUUACUCCAAUAAAGGACGUCGGUAUCGCGCUUUAAUGGUUCUAGAUGCUGCAUUUAUAUACGGAAUAGAUAUUCAACAUCUCUCCCUUGCCGAGAGAGUGGCACAUAUCAAAGUGCUGUGUGAUACCUUGGAUUUCCCCGAGACAGAGGGCACCAAAGUUAUUUAUCCACCGUCCGGACCCCUGAUCACCAUGCCGGAGUUUAUUAAUGGUUUAAAGGAACUUCCAUGCAAGGAUUAUCCAAAUGGUCACGUUAUGUUUCAAGCUACUAAAUCCGGAAUGACUUGUGCUCCGAAAGGUCUUCUUCUCGUUCGACCAUUUUCCGCCCCCUGGACUAUGGGAGUGAGUCGUAGCACUGGUAAAGUCUAUUAUUCGAAUGCGGACCAUCAGACAUCGACCUACGAAGUUCCAUCCGAUAUUUGUUUGCCGUUCAGCAAGACAAAGUUUUACCUAGUUCCUUGGACCCCUGAGCAUGACGGCGAUUUGGACGUGAAACAAUUUCUAAUGUGGCUAAGAAUGCUUCCACAGUAG